AUGAGCCAUUUACUAGCUCGGAAGAAGUCGACUGGCUCCCUGCGUCGGAAGCGGUCGGACAGCGAGUUGGUCGAGCAAAGCACAAUCACUCCAAGCGACCAGAAGUCCCGAGAGGCAAAGAGCGCCCCGUACCGAGAUGUACGCUACGAAACCCUACUUGCCACUAAGGGCAGCUUCAUGGACAAGGAUGACCUUGGCAUUGUCGAGAAAAGCAAGGCGCUUGUUCGAAAGCUUCUUAACCAGGAGCAGCAAGUGCCUCAGGAGUCUCUAUUUCAAGAUGACAUCUUCGAAGCGACCUGUCGCAAAAUCAGGAAUAAGAAUGAGACCCGAGUCAUUCGCGACAUUUCGCUGUUGAUCGUCCCUUCGGCAGAGAUCUUGACGACUUACGGUGCAACUGAACUGGCAUGCCUGACUGAAAGUGUCAAUGAGGGAUGGAACAACAGCAUCCCGCUAACUGGUACUCGACCACAGCCAGACUACUCUGUCGGUUUCCGCCGGGAGGCGUUUACCGAGGAGCAGCUCAAGAAAUUACAGCCGUUCGUGGGUGAACUUACUGACCAAUCUUUCUUCAUGGCAACGUACUAUCUGUACUUCCCAUUUUUGACGGCCGAGGUCAAAUGCGGUGCGGCCGCGCUCGAUGUGGCCGAUCGGCAAAAUGCUCACAGCAUGACGCUCGCGCUGAGAGCGGUCGUCGAACUGUUUCGAUUAGUCAAGCGCGAGCAGGAGCUAGACCGCGAGAUUCUUACCUUUUCGAUCUCCCACGAUCACGAUGUCGUCAGGAUCUAUGGUCAUUACCCUGUCAUUGAGGCUGCGAAGACGACUUUCUAUCGGCACCCAAUCCACAGGUUCAGCUACACCGGACUGGAAGGGAAGGACAAAUGGACAGCGUACAAAUUCACGAAGGGCGUCUAUCGUACCUGGAUGCCAGCUCACUUCACGAGACUCUGCUCCGUUAUUGACGCUCUACCUGCCGAACUCAACUUUGAUCUGUCUCAGCAAUCGGAGCUUCGCUUUUCUGAGCAGACCGGGCUUUCUCAGGAUCUUGCAAAUCAGAAUCUAUCGGCCGAGUCGGCUUUGUCUGCACAAGACGAUGACAGUCAGUUGCAGCCGCUGGGCACAUCGGAAACUCCCGAUACUUCCUUCACGAAAGAUUCGGCGCAGGGAGGGAAGAAGAAAGCAAAGAGGAGUCGUGGCUGA